AAAAGCAGCCGGCGGACACAUCACACACACGCUGAACUGCAGAGAAGAAGAGCAGAAACACACCUGAACCAGCAGAAGCUCCAGCACAGCACCUGUCAGAAAUGGACGUUGCAGAACCCGUUGAGAAGAGAGGAGGACCACCAAAGUUCAAGCAGAGGACCACUCGCACCUUCAAGAGCAAGGCUCCCAAACCCGGACAGAAGGGCUUCGGGGACGACAUCCCAGGAAUGGAGGGUCUCGGCACAGACAUCACUGUGGUCUGCCCUUGGGAAGCGUUUGGAGACAUGGAGCUCAGUGAUCUGGCCAAAUACGGCAUUCUGUAAAUGAUGUUAAAUCUACAGUAAAAUCAGCAGCUCAGAGAAUCAUAUAUUCAUCACACACACACACCGGCGGCGGCGGCGGAUGCUCUCAGCCCAACACACACACAGAAUCAGAUGGACUAAAUGGAUAAUGCAGUUUUCCUCAGUGAGGAGCUGCUGUUCUACAGCUGGAGCUCCAGAUUGUGUUUAAUCCCUCUCCUAUUGCCUGUAGCACACCAGAGAA